GAAACACUUAAAACGCCGCAAACAAACAUUCAUUCUCAAACAAAAACACCCACCAGCUCAUCUCACUUCUCAGAUACAGCCUUAACUUAUCAGGUAUCACGAGCAAAUACACCAAGAUUUCAGCUUCACCAACAUCAUCAAGACAGAGAGGAAUCAACACAAACAGGACACCGACAAUCUGAGAAUGGCAGGUGAAAGUCGUGAGCGAGAAGAAGAUGGCGCUGAAGAAACUCGACUUGUGCGACCCCGCAGCAGCGUUUCCACACUUCCUCGUUGCGUGAUUGGUCUUGCUUACCGCAACAGAAAGCAUCGCUUCUUUGUUCCUGCCACCAGUAACAAUUUUGCUGGGAUACCUUUUUCCUUCGUUAUGGUGGAUAGCGGUUGCAACAGCUUCCUGUUGCCAUUUCCCCAGCGGGAAAAGGAUGAUGGCACAUUCGAGAUUGACAUGGGAGCUCUGGAGCCUUUUCUUGGCCACCAGUUUAGGUGGUCUAUCUCUGGUUCAAGCGGAACAGGGGCAGUUGGGUCAAAAACUCUGCGUAUCGAGAAUCGCAACAAUAGUGUGUCUGUUGGAUCAAUGCAGUUGGCCUGUUCAAGUCCGGUGCCGUUGGAUUAUCUCCGAUUCCAUCUGGGAAGUGAAGCCGCAAAUGCGUUGAAGAAUCAUGCGAAGGUGUUGCCUGACCAUAGGCAGGCCCUCCAAGAUUUCUUGACUGCUCUUAAUGGUCAAGUUUCCAAGGAGCGAAAGCAUGUACUGCUGGGACAGUACUACUUGGAUCAGGUUUGUUGCAUCCAGAGAGGUUCUGUCAUGUUCAUGGUUGACAGGGACAUCAGAGAUCCCAUCAAUAUUGCCCAAGUAGCAAACCAGUGUGAUGAAUUCGCAUACCCUCUAGUGGGAAACUUUGAUGGAUUCGAUGACCUCGAAGAUGAAGAUCAUGACGGGGAUGACAACGAAAACCGCCGCUUGUCAUGGGAUCCAACCGACUACAUUGAUGAAGCUGAUUAGUUGCUAGCUAGUAGCUAGUAGGAGAGAUUGAUUGCCAGCUAGCCACGCUUGCCGACAGAGAUGUCAACCGGUGUAGGCGGGUUUACGACCUUCACGUUUUACUCGUGAAAGUGGAGUCGGCGCAUGUUGGUAUGUUUUGAAUAUCGUAGGGUGCAAUAUUUUCAUUUGCGCAAUGUCAACAAUUCCACAGUCUACAUGGACGGACCUUGAAUGCUUCGAAAGCUGAUCGGAGUCUUUGUUCCGCAUGGGCCUUGGACUCUUGUUUUGGUUUGGUUCCGAAUUCUCUGUGUCCAUGUUUAUGGAUAUGAAGUAAGGUGCGGCAUGAAGUUAGACUUAAUAGUAUUCGAAGUUGAUGAAUUUGUAUCG